CCGUCCUCCUAGCCACACACCAACGACCUUACUGACCACUCCGUUUCCCAUGUUGAAAAGAGAUGGAUAUGGCUCUUGUAAGGCGCCAUUCACUGUGUCCGCAAAAUCCAUUUUCAGCUUUUUUCAACCAGCCGAGUUUGGAGCAAGAUCUCCCCAACCACCGGACAAGGAUCUUGCUUGCUAAGUCAUGUCCCUUGUUUGCAAGAUCCAAAUCUGGCCCUUUUGGAAAGCCGUUUCUUGCCUUUUGAUUCCGGCUUCGGGAGAUGAACUCCUCAGCCGCGCGACUAGGAUCUUGCCCUGUUGUGUAGAAUGGAAUGUCGAGACCUAGAGAUCCAGUUCCAACGUCGCCGCAACGAUGAGGCGGGUGCUGGUUCUGGCUUUUGGUGGAGGUUGUCCCCAGGCAUACAACAAGGGUCCUCCUUGUCUCACUGCCUCCCCUGUCUACACACUCCACAUCUGACUCUCGAUAGGAUGUUACGAGCAGGUCAGGGCAACCAACUGUGGCACAAAGCAAAAGCUUCGGUAAUGAUGCACCUGCAUCAUUAUCCCCUGUUCUGCACUAUAUAGUUACGCCGGCCAGCACCCAACUGGUUGGGCCGUAACACGUACGCGCUGGCCUCGGCAGCAGUAAGUGUUUUCUUUCUCCGUGGCUUGUUGCCGAUAGGAAUGAAUUGGCCACGUUGAGGUGGAGGAGUUGAGUGAAGAUAUGACAUUAGGGACUGUGGCGAUGAAAAGGGAGACUGACUUGGCUGUAGAUCCCGUGUACCUGGAUGAAGGUCGCCUUCUUCGACAUCUCCAACAUCCUCUUGGUCACUACCGUUGCCCCCAGAGUCGAUCUCACGGCUAACCUCUUCAAUAGACUGGAUAUUGUUGCCCUUGCCGACAGUGGUACUCCAUAUCUCUUGGUAUGGAGCUGGCGGCCCUAUCCCCUUCUCGAAAACCCACUCUUGCCGUGGGUGGUCGCUAAGAAAGCUCUCUUUUGCCUCAUCACUGCAAAAGACUCUGCCGUCAUCUUCAUCGUACGUAUUGCCUGACCGAUAGGCAACAGAGGCCCAG